AUGCGCUUUGCCAAGAAGCCCAGUAAGAAGGGCCUAAAGGAGAUGCAAGCCAACAACACUAAGGCCAUGAGUGCCCAUGCCAAGGCUGUCAAAGCCCUCGUCAAGCCUCAGGAGGCCAAGCCCAGGAUCUCAAAGAGUGGCAGCUACAAGCUGGUUGACUUGCCUGUAUCGCUCACCCCAAACUUGAAACAUGCUCAUGCCCACGUUGCCAAGGGUCUCAGGCUCUGCUGGCCAGAGGCCAAGGCCAAGGCUCAAACCAAGGCCAGGCUGCAGCUCCGGAAGGUGCCCAGUACCCCACGAAGUUUCCAAGUAUAG